AUGGCCUCUUUGCUGAUAAUCACCAAAGAAAUACAAAAAAAAAAUCAAAUUCAUGGCAAGGGGAAUAUGCAAAAAAAACACAACCUUUAUGACAAACCUUUGACCAGCAGUGACCUACAACAUAAUCACAGUAGUGCUUAUCUGGCCAAUAUAGAGACCCCUAUAAUUACGAUGUCAAAUACGACAAGAAAGAACACCGAACGUGGUAACUUCCCCAUAAUUUACACCAAAAAAUGUGUUAUAUUUUUACAAAAACAAAAUAGGUUUUAA